AUGGGGCUCCCCCGGAUUCGGACGGUGCUCGAGGCCCUGCAGGAGUCCAGGGCUUCGGCAAUGCAGGUUUUGGGAGGAGGCCUCCUGGUUGUUUUGCUCGUCUAUCGGUCCAUCCAACCCACCCUCCAGGUGGAGGAGCCGAAAGAUCAUGAGGAAAGACCGCUGAAGGUGCUGCCAUGUAUUCGGGCCAGACGUUCUGUUUUCCCGAGAUCGUACGUGGAUCGGGAAGUGAGUCCAGAGAUCGUGCAGAGCCUGCUAGAAGCUGCUAUGUGGGCUCCCUUUCAUGGCCCACGACCUCCAUGGCGCUUUGUAGUUCUCGGUCGGUCUGCAAUGGUGGAAAUGCAGAAGAUGACGCUGGCCUACUAUGAUGCCAAUUGGCGGGAAGUGGGCUGGGCCUCAGGAAAGCGGGGCUCAGAGGCAGAGUAUCGUCAAUGGCGGCACAGCACAGAGGAGGAGAUUUCCGGGCGCUGGGGGCCCGUUUCCUUCAUGAUUGCCAUCAUCAUGCAGAGACAGGCGGGGUCAAAGCGAAUGCCAGAGUGGGAGGAGAUGGCCGCCACAGCUUGCGCAGUACAGAACAUGCACAUUCAAGCCUCCCAACAUCCAGAGCUUGCUUGCUACUGGAGCUCUUGGCAUGAGGCAGCCAGAGGCUCACGUGAGAUGCAACAUUUUCUUGAGAUGGGCAAUGAAGACAAGUGUCUCGGGUACUUCAUGGUAGCUGCUUGCGAUCCUCACCUCAAGGACAACCGGUCUCGCGAGCUGCAGACCCACAUGCAAGUGGAGUGGCGCGAUUGA